AUGAACAUUAUGAUUGCUACUUAUAGGACAAAGGAGUUGAGACAUAAGUGCGGUAAGUGUUUUUUUUGUUUUAUUUAAAAUAUGGUAAGAGAUUGUUAGUACUAGAGCAUGACAUGUGUAGGUUAGGGUUUCAGUAUACGGAGGGUAGUGUAUGGAUUCAAUUUAACCAAAGCAGAGUAUACCUAUAGUGUGAAGAGAGUAGGGCAACUCUACAGUAUGACAAGAGUAUGGCAAAGUGUCAAUAUGACGAUGAUAGAGUGGGACUUUAGUUUAGCAAUGGUAGGGUAGAGCUACAGUAUAAAAAAUGUAGAUUAAGGCUGAUGUAUUACUUGAGUCAAGUAAAAGGGUACAACAUACUCAAGUUUGAAUAUAGUUACAGUAUGGCUAAGCGAGACAAGGUAGGGUAUGGUAUGGUAGGGUAGGGUAGGGUAGGGUAGGGUAGGGUAGGGUAAGGUAGGGUAGGGUAGGGUAGGGUAGGGUAGGGUAGGGUAGGGUAGGGUAGGGUAGGGUAGGGUAGGGUAGGGUAGGGUAGGGUAGGGUAGAGUAGGGUAGGGUAGGGUAGGGUAGGGUGGGGUAAGAUCGUUUCGAGAAAUGUAAAAUAGGCACAGUAGGGUGGUAGGGUCACAAAAACAGUUUUUUACUUUCGUUUAAAGAUAAAUGAGAAGAGAGGGAGGGGGAGGAAAGAAAUUAAUUUUUUAUUUGUACUUUACGUUGUGUCUACAUUCAUAGACGGCUUUUUGUUUAUUUGUUACGUUAAUUUUUAAAAUAUAGACUUGGAAAUGAAUUGUAAUUUGUUUAUAGCAUUAUGUAUGUAAUAUUAUAGUAGAGAACUGACUAUUGCAUUAAUCACUUUUUUAGUGAAAACAUUUAGUAUUAAAAUGACCUUAUUAUAACCCUAGCUAUAGUCAUAAAGCAAUUUUCCAUUUUAAACACAACAUUUUAGGUGUCCUCUUAUCAAUUCUGGCAUUUUGUGACUUUAGCUGUUUAAUGUUCGAAAUAGUCUCAGGUGCUCGUAUGGUAUUAGGCAUAGCAGCAAUGAAGAAGACAAAGUGCUUCUGGCUUCAAACGGGUAAUAUUAUCAUAGAAAACGCUGAAGUUUAUAUGAUAUUCGCUGUCUCACUGGAUCGGCAGCUAGCCAUUCAGGAGCCUAUACGGUAAGCGAGCUUGAGUUGGCCUGGCUUGUCUUGCUUUGCUUUGUUUUGCCCAGCCCAGCUUAGCGCAACCCAUUUCAGCCCAGCCAUCCUCAGUUUAGUGCAACCCAUAUUAGACUAGAUCAGGCUAUACCAAACCAGUCCAACCCAAACCAGACCAUAUCAGACUAGUCCACUCCAGUCCAAUCCAGUCCAAUCCAGUCCAGUCCUGUCCUGUCCUGUAUAGUCCAGUCCAGCCCAGUUCAGUCAAUUCCGCUUUAUUCCAGACUAAACUAAACCAGACCAGACAAGACCAGUCACCCCAGACCAGACCACAUCAGUCCGAUCUACCCCAGUCCAAUCCAUUCCAGUCUACUCUAGCCCUACUCAGCCCUACCUUGCCUUGUCUUGCUCUGCCUUUCCCUGUCCUACCUUUUCCUCCCCUCUCUCCUUACUUUUCUGCUCCGUCCUACCUAGUAUAAAUACAGCAAAAUCUUCAGAUACCGAACAUGGAAAACAAAAAAAUAUGUAAUUUUAAUGACCAUACCAGCCAUAAUAUACGGGUUAUUUUACUACAUAUGGUCGUAUGUGACUCUAGUUCAGGAAGAUGUUGAAGUAUGUAACUUGCCAUCAGCUAUGCCUACCAAAGUCAGUGAAUAUUGGAAUUAUACAUCUACUUUGGCGUGUUUCAUCACUGUGUUUUGUUAUGUUUUGACCUUUGUCAUGCUUUAUAAAAUUAGUAAGUUAAAAUUUUAAAAAUUUUAAAAAAAUUUAAAAAAAUUUUUUUUGCGAAAUAUUAUUUUUUUUAAAAUAAAGUUUAUAUAAAAAUGGCUUUUGCAGUACACUAAAUUUGUUAUUUUACUUAAAAAACCCUUGUUAAAACAAGUUUUUUUUGCUUUUGCAGGCUGCGUGAACUAUUUUAUACGAUGAAACAUGUUUGUAAAAACAAAUUUUGAAAAUUUAAAGUAAAUGAAAUCUUGAAAAUGUCACUUUUUAUCUUAAUUAUAUUUAAAAUAUUAUUAUAUUUUAUUAAAAAUAACAUAAAACAAAGUUUUUCGUCGUUGCAGUCUGCGCAAACAAUGUUAUACGCUGAAACAUGUCCGUCCGAUCACUUUUUUUGUCGUUUUUGUAUUAUUAACUAAAAUUUUAUAAAAUUUUGUUAACAAAAAUGAUUGAAAAUUAUAUUUUUUACUUUUCAAACCAUUUUAUACGAUGAAACAUGUCCCAAUAUUUUUUUAAAUUUUAAAUAUUUGAAAAUAUUUGAAAUUUCAGCCCCAAAAAACCUCAGAUCAGAGAAAUCCCAAAUCGAACAACAACGUCGUAUCGUAAAAACGUUGAGUAUCAACGUGUUUGGGUUCUUUAUUUCAUCGGUGCUAAGCUCGGGUAUUAUCAUGUAUUUUCGGAACAUUGGAGUGAGUGAAGAUGUGGUUGGAGAGGCGGAAACUUAUGCUGUCAUACCUGGUAGGUCUUGAAAUUGCCUUAAUUUUAUCAAAAGUUAUUUUUAAAACUUUUUUUAAUCUUUGUUUUGCGGGCUGCGCCCUGGCUUUAGGUUUUUUUGUAAAAUUAUGUCCUACUUAACCCUGCCUUGUUUUGGGCUAGCUUUAGCCUUGCCGGAUGUUGCUCGCCUUGCCUUGCCUUGCCUUGCCUUGCCUUGCCUUGGCUUGCCUUGGCUUGCCCUGGCCUUGCCCUGUCCUUGCCCUGGCCUUGCCCUGGCCUUACCGUGGCCUUGCCGUGGCCAUGUCCUGGCCUUGCCCUGACUUUGAUUGACUUGCCUUCUUUAUCCUACCCUAGCCUCCUCUACCGUACCGUGCCCGACCCUACAGUGCUCUGUCUUGCUCUGUCUAGUCUUGCCUUGCCUUGCCAUACCUCAGUACCCGACUUAAGUAUCCUACCCUAGUAUUCUAACACAGUACCCUACCCCCCAGCCUUCCUCUCCCAGUAAACGACAAUCAUUCUACCUUACUCUGCUGUAACUAACCUUAAACUUUAAAAAUCAAUUUCAAAUUUAAAGAUUCCACUAAAAUUAGCCACAAAAUUAAAAAUUUACAGGUCUGUUAAGCUACUCCCUCAACUAUUAUGUGUAUUUUUGGCGGUCAAGUGAGUAUCGAAAGGCAUUCGCGAAACAGAUUGGCAUUAAUGAAGAAUACUUUAACCGUGGCCAGGAGACCAUGUUCGGCCAGCAGGUGAAUAAUAGUUAUAUUUUUAGUGAAAAUGUGAAUAUAGUUUAUGACAAACUUAAUUUAAUAGGUUUUAUGACAUUUUUAAUGAACUUUAAAUUGAAUUUUCAAAAAAAAUUUGGGCUUAAGGCAGAAAAUAACUUUGACUUCAGCUGUUUGGGACCAUAUUAUUAUAGGAUGCGUGACUUUAAAGUGCCAUAACUUUUAAACAGCUUUUCCAAGUUUGAUGAAAUUUUCUACAAUUGUACUCUAUAGUAUGCCAAAACAAUAGUUUAAGCCAAAACGCUAAUUUUUAUAUUUACUUAACCUUAAAAACCGUUUUUUGAAAUUUGGUGAGUUUUUCUAAAUAGCAGCUCUAUAGUAUGCCAAAACAUAAUUCAAGCUAAAAAUUAGAUUUUUAUACUUGUCUAUCAUUUAAAUUAAAAAAAAUCGAGCCAUAGCCAUUUAAAAAAGUUGAAAUUUUAUGUUUGCACAACUUUGAACUGCCAUAACUUGUAGACCGAUGACUUAAAUAUUAUAAAUUUUUGGGCAUUUAAUGCCUAUGAUAUACCUAAUUAUACUUUGUGUUAAAAAUAUCUUUUUUACGUUUGAGUCUAAUAAAAAAUGGCAGAACUAAAGCAAAGUUAUUUAUAUUUUAAAAAUCGAAAAAAUUUGACUUUGUCUAGAAGUUAUGCCAUUUUUGAUUGAACUAAAUUGAAAUACCACAGAUUUUUUUGCUAAUAUAAAUAAGCAUUUUAUUGGCAUAUACUGUGCAAAAUUUUAUAACGUCAACUCAUUUUGUUCAAUAAAUAUGGCACUUCAAAGGCAUACAUGUUUCCUCAGUCAAUAAUAAGGUCGCGGUAAAAAAUGUCAUUUUAAAGGUAGAGUCGGACUAGGGUAGGGCUAGGAUGAAAAUAGAGUAGAGCUAGGGUAAGGCAUUUUUAGGGCAUAAGUUGUGUCUAGGUAGGGCAUGUGUAUUGCAUGGGUAGAGCAUAGGUAGGGCUUAAGUGUGGUAUGAUUAAAGUAGGAUAAAUUUUGCCAAAAGAGCAUCACAAACCAAAUUAUAAGCCCACGCUUAACCAUAUUUAAAAAAUAGUUAAUUUACAGAGUACUCAAGUUCUACCCUUCCGCCGUUCCACCAUCACAAACAGCCUCAAGCGGCCGAGCGUUGCCACUGUUGGUUGA